AUGGAGGGGAUGGCUCUGCUCAGGGACCUGCGGACCCACUCCAUGGAUUGCAGCACCUGCAAGAUCCGCUUCCUGCAGCCCUGGGCCCACCAGGGCCUCACUCCGAAGCAGUGGCAGGGCCUGGAGACAGUGCUCCAUAACUACGUGUCCAAAUUCAUCCUUCUUAUGAACAAAGUGGUUAAGGAUGAAGACGAGAACUGUGAGUGCAUUUCACAACAGAGUGACAGCCGGCCCUGCGAUCACAGCUCACCCCCACGGGAACCUCUCAGCAAUGGGGAUCAGACGGAUGCUCCUGGGGCUCACAGGUUUCUGCCUCUCUGGCUGAACCCCUUUGUGAUUCAGGCCUCCAUCGGCUGCGAGCUCCACCCCAACGGCACCUCACGGCAGUUCUGUGAUGCCGCGGAGAAUGGGGAGGAUUUCAUCAGCUUCAGCGUGGACGAGGGCACCUGGGUCGCUCAGCGUGGGGAUAAGCUGGCCCUCAGCAUCCGAGACCUUUUUAACCAGGAUAAGAGCACGACUGCCACGGCUCAGUUUCUCCUGAGAACAACGUGUGUCAGUGAACUCAAGAGCUUUGUCCAGUACGGGAAAGAGUCUCUGGCAAGGCAAGAGCGGCCGGUCGCCGUGGUGUUUGCCCGAGCGCCUCCCCCAGCCGGGACCCCCGCGCCGGUGCUGCUGGUUUGCCGGGUCACCGGUUUCUACCCCCGGCCCGUCCGCGUGGCCUGGCUGCAGGACGGGGAGGAGGUGGCGCCGGGCUGGAGGUUGAACUCCAGCGGGAUCCUGCCCAACGCGGACCUGACCUAUCAGCUGCGCAGCUCCCUGGCCGUGGGGCCGGGCGAUGGGCACAGCUACACCUGCCGGGUGCAGCACAGCAGCCUGGGGGGCCAGAGCCUGCUGAUCCCCUGGGGGCACAGCAGGCCCUGGGGCCCUGGCCUGGCCGUGGGCAUCACCCUGGGGGCUCUGGCCGUGGCCGCCGUGGCCGUGGUGCUGUGGUGGAGAAUACGCAGGGGCCACCCGGACGUCAGAGCAGGAGAGCCCAGAGCCUGA